AUGGCGUCGGCUGUACCGGAAGUGGCGUACCGGGUGGCGGCGGAUGAGACGUCAUCCGUGGAAUCCGACUACAUCUCCCAAAGGGCAGCGCGUCGGUGCGCACGCGCUCACGGACAGUUUCUCUCACCCCUUCCCCUCAAACCUCCGGCCGUUGACAUCCUCCAUGUGGGGAGGUGGCAGGUACGGAGAGGACGGAACGGCAGCCUAAAGUCGAGGUGGCUGGAGCUUGAAGGUGUUCCGCGACUUGCGUGCGAUUCAAACGUGGAGUGCUGUGGAGGAAUUGCCAGUUUGGAUUACGGCAAGGCACAUUCCAGAAGGAGAUAUGUGAUAGUCUGUAACCCCCCACAGCCACUUCAAGGGCAGCAUGCAGUGAUGCGGCAGACCGGCGUACAAGAGGGAUUGCAUAGAUCGACAUUUCAAUAAUGGCCAAUGUUUUCAGCUACUUCGAUUGGACAGACGUGAAGUUCAAUAUUGCUAUCUUGGCUGUUGCUUUCAACCCAUUGUUCUGGAAUAUUGU